AUUUUGAGCGGUUUCAGUUUGCAGUACUUCUCGUCAAAAUUCCAGCAGUGUACGCCAUAUUGGACCAUCAUUGCCUAAUAUACUGCAUUAUACUCUAUAGUGAAGUGUUUAUAAACCGUUUUAUUACUGUACAAAAUUACUUUCUUUCCUCAAUCUGUAAAUAUCCGUAGAAUAAGUGAAAAUUUUAACACAAAACAAGUGGUGCGACGUUUAGCAACUGUUGUUACUUCCUUGUCAAAUUAAAUAUGGCGUGUGCAACGUUGAAGAGAUCUUUGGAUUUCGAACCAGUUUUGGGUGCAAGACCGUCUAAACGGAGACGAUGUGGUACCCCGUUUUGUACAAGCCCUUCCAGUUUCAGAGAUAAAGCUGGUCCAUCCACUUAUAACCCCAUGAACGUGUCUCCUCCCAAACCUCCGUCUGCAUUUCCCGAUGUAGCUACCAAAAAACUCACUCCUGAAUACAUGGCCGCUAGUAUCCAAGCGGAACUUAAAAGACUGCACAGACGUAAACAAUUACAGUACAGCGCAUACGCCUCCGAUGGCAGUAGUUCAGGUGGUGAACAAGUCGAAGGAGCACCUUCACGUCCCAAAGAUAGAGCUUUGUUUACAUUUAAACAGGUGGGUUUAAUUUGUGAAAGAAUGAUGCGAGAACGAGAAGUAGAAAUUAGAGAAGAAUAUGAUAAUGUUCUUACUGCCAAAUUGUCGGAACAGUACGACGCCUUCGUUAGAUUCACCUAUGACCAGAUACAGAAAAAUUACGAAGCUGUGCCGAGUUAUUUAUCAUAAACAUGAAGCGUUAAAUUCGACGAGUUUGAUAUGCCAUUAGAGUUCGCAUAUUCAAGUGUCAUUAGGUAUUUCGUAUACAGUAACACUUUAUAUUAUAAUAUAUACCCGCAGUUUAAAUGUCGUAUGUUAACUUACCAUCUGCCUUAAAUAUUGCUCUAGAUGACAGUGUAUAUAAUUACAUGUAACUGUUUCAUUGGAAUUAAUUAAAUUUAGUUGUGUACAUACAGUUUUGUAUUUUCGAUAACGUAUCAUAAUUUUAUUACCACCCUAAAGCAUAGGUAAGCAUUACGUUUAGUGUAGUGGUUGAAUGAAAGGUUUAUGUGUGGAAGGACUGACUGCGAAAGUACAUUGUUUUUUAAUGCUUUGAGGUUGUACAAAUAUUUAGUGAGUGAUUGUAGUGAUUCAUGCCAUUAAUUUAGUAUGUGAUUUAUAAUGUGGUGACCCAAGUACUACAUCAACAGAAUGAACACCUGACCAUUGGUGAUGAUAAAUCUGUAAUAAUUUUAUUGUUCGUUUAAGAUCAUCGUGAAUAGUAAAAUCUGAUAAUUUUUCCGUCUGUCAUCAGUUGACAUCACUGUCACCAUUGCAUUCGUUUCUCAAUUGUGAUAAGAUUCAUUUCUGUUUCGUACAUUUUUUGCAUAUCCUAAAACAGUUGUGGAGCUUCAAAAUUCUUGACAAUCAUUUUUGUGCAAUAUUGAAUGACGGCGGUAAAAUUACACUCAGGUUUAUGUACAACAAAGAGAUCUCCACGAAGUAAUCGUUGUGAAUGUUUACGACGCAAAUUUUAAUGUGAUUUUUUUAAGUCUUAGCCAGAGUGAAAGCAUUUCACCCCCAUUAAUUUUGCUUUUUGUUGUACCUCUUAACUCCUUAUAAACAUUUUGUAUUUAUUUUAGUUAUUAGCAAACACUUCUCUGCAUAAGCUUUAAUGAUCAGAUCAAUCUUGCAACAAAACUGCAUCCUCGAACUGCACAAUAGUGUCGUUUAAUGUAGUGACUGUUACAUUUUCGGUGGUGAAUAUAUAAAUGUUACAAUUAAGUGUAAGAUUAGGUUACGGAACUAUUCGCGAAAUGCUUUAAUAUUUAUAAAGCGUAUA